AUGGCCGUCUACCGUCUUCCCGUCACUCUGGCGUCUCUGGCGCGUUUUGGCCUGCGCAUGCCGACCGCUGGGCGAGCUGUGUCUACUCUGCCUGCAUUGAGGCGCCUAACGGCGCAAAAAGCGGCACAACGGAAGCUUCCGGUCAGCGGACGACAGUAUUCUCUGCUGCUCAGCCGUGAUUCCAAAGUGACUGCUGGCGAUGCGUCCAUUCAGAUUGCCUCAUCCGGGACCGUCAAGCGUACUGAGCUACCAAACAUAUGGCUCCGGUAUGUAUCGUAUUGCCUAUUCUGGAAUGAAUUUGGCAUACCGGCCAAUAUUCGCGCACGUGACGUGGUGGCCGACGAGAAGGGCCUGAAUGUGACAUGGUCUGGUGACAAUCACAAGAGCAGCUACCCGUGGGAUUUUCUCCAAUUCUACCAGGAAAACAACUUCCGGGCUCCAGAGCCGGUCGAAUUCCACUACUGGGGGCGGUCUAUCGAGCAGGACCCGCCGUCGGUGGCCUAUGAUAGCGUGAUGAAGGCCGACUCGGACGUGGGAGUUGCCAAGCUGACGGACCUGAUCCGCCGGUUCGGCUUCGCCUUUGUGGACGGCACGCCGUCGGCCGACCCCGAGGAUACUCGACGGCUGCUGGAGCGCAUCGCGUUCAUCCGGGUGACGCAUUACGGUGGCUUCUACGACUUUGUGCCUGACUUGGCCAUGGCCGACACGGCCUACACGAACCUGGCCCUGCCGGCACACACGGACACGACGUACUUUACGGACCCGGCCGGCCUGCAGGCCUUCCACCUGCUGUCGCACCAGUCACCACCGGGCCAGCAAGGCCAGCUCGGCGGCGAGUCGCUGCUGGUCGACGGCUUCCACGCCGCCCGUCUGCUGCAGCACGAGGACCCGGCCGCCUUCGACGUGCUGACGCGCGUGCGGCUGCCCUGGCACGCCAGCGGCAAUGCCGGCAUCACCAUCGCGCCCGACCAGCGCUACCCGGUGCUGGAGCUGGACGACGCAAAAGCCGUCCAUCGCGUCCGCUGGAACAACGACGACCGCGGCGUCGUGCCUUUCGACGGAUAUAUCGACCCCGUCCGCUGGUACGAUGCUGCCCGCCGCUGGUCGGCCAUCCUGCAGCGGCCCGACGUUGAGUACUGGACUCAGCUGACGCCCGGCCGCGUGCUCAUCUUUGACAACUGGCGCGUGAUGCACGGCCGCCGCGCGUUUGUCGGCCUGCGCCGCAUCUGUGGCGGAUACACCGCUCGCGACGACUUUAUCUCGCGCUGGCGCAAUACGAACUAUCCACGUGCGCAGGUCCUCAAACAGGUGAUGGAUUCUGAAUACCCAACCACCACCGUGACGCCGUCGCCGGUGGACCCCACCCCCGCUCCCCCUCCGGCUGAAGACCGUCGGAACAUCCAGGUCGACAAUGCUAUUCGUGCCAUAACGGACAAGCGGCCUGUGCCGGAGAUGGACUUCACCAUCCACGUUAUGGAAGAUGGCUCCAACGUCAGCACGCUCGAGCGAGUGUGUAAAGAUGUCCAAGCACCGGCCACGUACAAGCCGACGGACGAGCAGUUCUUCACGGACGAGUCCCAUACCAAGCCCGACAUCAAUUUUCUGAAAACCCACUUCUACCGCGAGGGCCGCCUGACCGAUGAGCAGGCCUUGUGGAUCAUCCACGCCGGCACCGAGCUGCUGCGUGCCGAGCCCAACAUGCUCGAGAUGGACGCUCCCAUCACUGUGUGUGGCGAUGUCCACGGCCAGUACUAUGAUCUCAUGAAGCUGUUCGAGGUUGGCGGCGAUCCGGCUGAGACCCGUUACCUCUUUCUUGGCGACUAUGUCGAUCGCGGAUACUUUAGCAUCGAAUGCGUGCUGUACCUCUGGUCGCUCAAGAUCCAUUACCCAAACACCCUCUGGCUGCUCCGCGGCAACCACGAGUGCCGUCACUUGACAGACUACUUCACUUUCAAGCUUGAGUGCAAGCACAAGUACUCCGAGGCCGUAUAUGACGCAUGCAUGGAAUCUUUCUGCUGCCUGCCCCUGGCUGCCGUCAUGAACAAGCAGUUCCUGUGCAUCCAUGGCGGUCUCAGCCCGGAGCUGCACACGCUGGACGAUCUGAAACGGAUUGACCGCUUCCGCGAGCCACCAACACAGGGCCUCAUGUGCGACAUCCUCUGGGCCGACCCGCUCGAGGACUUUGGCCAGGAAAAGACAAGCGACUAUUUCCUCCACAACCACGUGCGUGGCUGUUCGUACUUCUUCUCGUACCAGGCUGCCUGUGCCUUUUUGGAAAAGAACAAUUUGCUGUCCAUCAUCCGCGCACACGAGGCGCAGGACGCCGGCUACCGCAUGUACCGCAAGACCCGUACGACAGGUUUUCCCAGCGUCAUGACGAUAUUCUCGGCGCCAAACUACCUCGACGUGUACAACAACAAGGCGGCUGUGCUGAAGUACGAGAACAACGUGAUGAACAUCCGCCAGUUCAACUGCACGCCACACCCGUACUGGCUGCCCAACUUCAUGGACGUCUUCACCUGGUCGCUGCCGUUCGUCGGCGAGAAGAUCACGGAUAUGCUGAUUGCCAUUCUGAGCACGUGUUCCGAGGAGGAGCUCAAGGAGGAGGCUGCCUCUCCGGGCCCGGUAUCCCCGCCCACCACACCUGGCUUCGGGAACAUGGAUCCGGACUCCAUUGAAUACAAGCGCCGGGCCAUCAAAAACAAGAUUUUGGCCAUUGGCCGUCUGUCACGUGUCUUUCAGGUGCUUCGAGAGGAGUCGGAGCGUGUCACAGAGCUUAAGACGGUCUCUGGCGGUCGCCUGCCGGCAGGCACGCUUAUGCUUGGUGCCGAGGGCAUUAAGAAUGCCAUCAGCACAUUUGAGGAUGCCCGCAAAAUUGAUUUGCAGAACGAGCGGCUGCCGCCUAGCCAUGACGAGGUCGUUCGCCAGAAUGUAGAGGACCGGCAACAGGCUCUUGAGAGGGCAACAAAGGAGGCUGACAACGACAAGAAGCUUCAGACACUGUCGCGGAGGCUCAGCACUGAGCGCAAGUAA